CAGUAGCGGCACAGCCUUCCUGACUGGGCUGAAGUUAUGGCCGCUAGGAAGAAGCUGCAGGAGGACCACCGAUUUCGGGUUUCGAAGGAACAGUUUUACAUCGCGCGUUCUUUUCCGAGGUCUUCCUUCCCCGCCCCGAGGGCGAUGUGCCUCUGAGCACGUGCAGAGUGCUCCCUGCCCGGAGAGGAAGUUUUGUCUUUUAAAAACGAGGCCAUGGCCAAAGUGCCUCUCUGAGCAUAUUUUUAGGUAUUUAACUCAAGGGUGGCGUACGUGGUUCUCCCGCACUCUCAUUUUUAACCUCAACACACCAACCCUGUGAGACGAAGAGAACCAGCAUGAAUCCACUAACCAAAGUGAAGCUGAUCAAUGAGCUGAAUGAGCGUGAGGCACAGCUUGGUGUACAAGAUAAGGUCUCCUGGCAUGCAGAGUACAGUGACAGUGCUUGGGUAUUUGUGGGUGGUCUUCCCUAUGAGCUGACGGAAGGCGACAUUCUUUGUGUGUUUUCACAGUAUGGGGAAAUUGUGAACAUAAAUCUGGUGCGUGAUAAGAAGACAGGGAAAUCCAAAGGUUUCUGUUUCAUUUGCUAUGAAGAUCAGAGAAGCACCAUUCUUGCGGUUGAUAAUUUUAAUGGAAUAAAGAUUAAAGGAAGGACAAUUCGUGUGGACCAUGUGGCUAACUACCGCCCACCGAAAGACUCUGAGGAUAUUGAUGAUGUGACAAAAGCUCUCCGAGAAAGUGGAUGUGGUGCUAAAACACCUCCAAGUUCACCAGAGUCCCCCAAAGACAGUGAGGUGGUGGUAAAGAAACACAAAAAAGAGAAAUGCAAGAAGAAGAAAGAGAAAAGAGAGCACCAAAAACGGGUGAAAGAGGAACAGCUUGCAGACUCGCCUCCUAAAACCAAGAUCAAAGUGGAGAAGGAAGACCCAAAGUAUGAACGGCAUGCCAAUGUGAAUCAGCAGACCUGGAGUAGCACAUCUGGGCACAAACAUGCAAGCUGGGCACAACAUGAACGGGAGUCUAAGUAGGAGCAUGCGAGAGUUAGGUCUCCAGACAGCCACAGAUAGGGACAGGAAAGAACAGAGAAUAAUCCACAGUGAGAAGCACAAGAAGGUAGAUACUCCCAAAGAAAGGCCCUGAGCAACAGAAAGCAGAUGAACCUGGGAGUGCUGUGAGAGAAGAGAAGCCCUGCAAGGAGGAGUCUUCAAGCCACCACAGACCUGACAUGCAGGGAGCCCUGAAUCCUUGGUGGAGUUAAUAUUGUGUGCUGUUGGCCUCCGUUUUUUAAGUAACUUUGGAUUGGUUUUAGAAACAGAAUAAUAAAAUUUGCAUAUAGACCAA